UUCUAAUCGUAAUUUCUACCUUCCAAACUGCAUAUCCCUCUUUUCCUGUUCUCAUUUAAUUUGAAAAGUUAGAUGAAAUCAAAAUUUUAGGAGCAUAAGCAUUUAAACAAUCUAAACAUGUACCAGUCCUAAUUCAGUUAUUUGUGGGCAAUUGUAAGGAUUUUAAGGUAUUAAAUUCUUAUGUGUGGAAAGGGAAAUUAAUGUGGUUAUCCUAUAAUAACUCAUGCAGUAAGUGUGUUUAUGGUAUGAAAAUAUUUUCUUGCAAUAUUUCCUUGAGAUGUGUGCAAUGCAGGUAAACCAGUUUGAUUCAUCAGAUGAGGAGCCCCUGGAGGAAGAACAGACACCCUUUCAAGUAUCCUGGUUACCCUUAUCACCAGCUUAUUCCCAAUUCCUAGGAAUCAGUUCACUACCAGGUUGUCGAUUCAAAAAUAUUAAAAGAAACCUUCAGAAAGAUAUAGAUGAACUAAAAAGUGAUGGGGUGCUCGAUGUAUUUGUACUCUGUACCAAAGGAGAACUCACAAAGUACCGUGUCCCACACCUAAUGGAGACAUACCAGAAUUAUGGGAUCACUGUGCAUCACCAUCCUAUUCCUGAUGGAGGUACACCAGAUAUUGCCAGAUGCUGUGUUAUUCUAAAUGAACUGAGGAAUUGCCUUGAAAGUAAACGAAAAGCCACAAUACAUUGUUAUGGAGGACUUGGACGAUCCUGUCUCAUAGCGGCUUGCCUUCUCCUCCAGGUAUCUGACAACAUAACUCCGCAACAGGCAAUAGACUGCAUGAGGGAGUUGAGAGGUUCAGGUGCAAUACAAACUUUAAAGCAGUACAACUACCUUCAUGAUUUUCAGGAGACCUUGGCGGCCUAUUUGGCAACAGAAAGUGAGCGACCAAGAUCAGUAUCCCGAUAAAUACACCGAGUUUAGUUACUACUUGAAAUUAUACAUUGCACUGUUUUUGCUUUGUGCAUAGUGGAAAAUAAUUUUAUUAAUUGCCUGCCAGUUACUGCCUUGACGAGGGA